CUUCUUCACUUGCCUGAAUUGAAGUUAAAACUAUAGCCACUCAGCCUUCUUCUUGUCAUUAAAUUUCAGAACAUGCUUAGAGCAAAACUUCCAUUACUCGGCCUCCUGGCCCUUGCUUUAUCACAUUUCCCUGAUUUUUGCAUUGCCAGAGGCAAGCACUGCGGCUCUUCUUUCUGUGGAAACAUUAACAUCAGUUACCCUUUUCGGUUAAAAAGCCAGCCUCGCAGCUGUGGAAACCGUAAGCUGGAACUCGAGUGUGAUGACGAGAAUAACAGCACCAUUUUCCCCAUGAAAUAUGGGAAUUUCUAUGUCCAAGACAUCUCUUAUAGUGACAGAACCAUUCAACUUUUAGACGUGAGUCUUGGCAACGAUAACUGCUCCAUUCCUCAUAGUUCCUAUCCUUGGUACACCCCUUUCGCCAAAAAUCUAGAAGUCUAUCGAAGUACCCCUGACCUUAGCAUCAUGUUUCUCGUCAAUUGCACGACGCAGAUCAACGACUCUUCAGUUUAUAUCGAUGCUUUUCGUUGCACCAAUACCCCUUCCCCUCAACCUCCUUCCUUGUAUUUUUUGGAUGGAGAAACAAUAAACUCUGAUUUCCAUGAGUCAUGCAGAAUUGAAGCCCAGGUUCCAAUCAUGCUUGCCAAUAUCACUGGCCUCUCUACUUCUGAUAUUUACACAAAGCUGUUGACUGGAUUCCAACUCUCAUGGUUUUCCUAUGCUGAUGAUAAUUGGACUUUGAAUAUAUUGCAAUGGGUGGCCACCCUGUUAUCGGUUCCAUUAGAUAUAUAUAUACAAGGCAACCUGGCUUUUUUUCUUGGAAGUACAUCACUGCCGCGUUUUGUUCUUGCACCUAGCAAAGGAACCCAGAUCAUUUGUGUUGCAAUAACAGGAACAGGAAUUAUAGUAGCAAGAACAUUAUUGGGGAUAUCUGGCUUGAUUGCACUUGUUAUACACAAAUUAAGGAGAAGACAUUUAUCAAUGGAUGAUAUGAUAGAGAACUUUCUUCAAAGUCAAAACAAUCUGAUGCCUAUAAGGUAUUCUUAUUCUGAAGUAAAGAGAAUGACAGGAGAUUUCAAGAUUAAAUUAGGCCAAGGAGGAUAUGGCUCCGUGUUUAAAGGAAAACUUCGAAGUGGUCGAGAAGUUGCGAUAAAAUUGUUAAGCAAAUCAAAAGCUAAUGGCCAAGAUUUCAUCAAUGAGGUUGCAACUAUUGGAAGGAUUCAUCACGUUAAUGUGGUGCAACUUAUAGGAUUUUGUGUGGAAGGAUCAAAACAGGCCCUUGUGUACGACUUCAUGGUAAAUGGGUCCUUAGAUAAAAUUAUAUUUUCAACAGGGAAUAACACUUUAAGUUGGCAGAAAAUAUUUGAGAUUGCCCUUGGAGUGGCACGAGGAAUUGAUUACUUACAUAGAGGUUGUGAAAUGCAAAUUUUACAUUUUGAUAUCAAGCCACAUAACAUUCUUUUAGACGAAAACUUUAGACCAAAAGUUUCAGAUUUUGGCCUUGCAAAAUUAUAUUCAGUGGAUGACAACAUUGUCUCCCUUACAGCAGCACGAGGGACAUUAGGAUAUAUUGCUCCUGAGUUGUUUUACAAAAAUAUUGGAGGCGUCUCAUAUAAAGCUGAUGUUUAUAGUUUUGGAAUGAUGUUGAUUGAAAUGGUGGGAAGGAGGAAAAACUUGAAUCCGUUUGCAGAACAUUCCAGUCAAAUUUAUUUUCCGUCGUGGAUCUACAAUCAAUUUGAUCACGGAGAUGAUAUAGAGCUUGGAGAUGUGACAGAAAGUGAAAACAAAAUUGUGAAAAAAGUAGUAAUAGUUGCCUUUUGGUGCAUACAGACGAAGCCCACAGAUCGUCCUUCGAUGAGCGAAGUCUUGAAAAUGCUUGAAAGUGAACUUGAGCUCCCCGCAAUGCCUCCCAAGCCUUUUCUAUUCUCUCAAGAAACGUCCACUAAAGAUCAUGCUAGUAAGAAUUCGAGAGAUGAGACAACUACAGAUUCCGAGAAUAUUGUGUAAUGCAAGUUGUGCAUGAAUUUAAAUACUUUAUCAUACUACCUUUAUUGUUUUACAGUUACAUUUCUAAUGAUUUGGGCAUUAGUUGUGGUAAUGAACAUGUGUGAGAAAUAGUAUUACUAAAAUGUAAGACAUUUAAGUUUGAUAUAAUGGUUAUUAUCUCUAUUUAUAUCAUGAAAAA